AUGGGGGAUCCCAACAGGGAGGAUCCCAUAGCAUUAAUUCAGGCUACCCUUGCCCAGAUGAAUGCCUCUUUUCAGCUGCAACUGGAUCAUAUAACUCGACGACUUGACGAGAUGAAGCCACCGAACAAAGAAGCAGAGGCAGAAACAGCCGCGACCCAGACGGUUCAAAACGACCCAAAUAACAUCAAUCACGCUUUAGAUGAGAGGCUACGUAAUCUGGAGCGGCAAUUAUUCGCCACUGAAGGCGAUCCGAGCCCUCGCAAUCGAGGCAAUCGGGACUUUGGCCGGAGAAACAAUAGAGCAGAGCUCGACGGUCCGGUCACAGAACUGCGAGGAAUUAACAACAGAAGGUUCUGCUUGCAGUUUACGAAUUCUCCGACUAUGCAGCGACGUGGUUGGAACAGGUUCAGAUGA